AGGCUCAGAGUAUAAUUAAUUAAUCGGGAUAGUCUCAUCGCAAAAGAUGACAGAGCUAAUGCCAACAUGAUACACGAAAUAAACUUGCUCACGUCGGAGCAAUCAACGGCACUUGGCUCCCGUUGCAGCCCUGUCACCUUGUCUCAGUGCAAUCUCAUCGCCUGACGUGAAGCCAUCGUUGUAUCCGUACGCUCCGGCAAAUCCCGCCAACUCACAGCUCGGCACCAUCCCAAGCCACCCUCAAGAACCCUCUCAUUAUGUCCUCCGCCACAUUACGAAUACACUCUUACUCAUCAAGCUUCUUACAACAGAGAACACGUCCAUGAACUGUGGCGUCUUGCGCAGCUCAUUCUUUCAAUUCAUUCAAGCUCAGGCACAGCCCCCCCUAAGCGGACGCAAGCCAAGAAAGUAUACUUGCUGUUUGGGGGCAAAAAAAGAGUUGCAGCACGGAUGGCCAACCAAAAAGGAGCAAAAUCCGCCGUUGGUCGCGGACAAUCGCAACCAUGACGCCGUCGAUGGCAGAUACGGGCGUCACCAGGUAGCCGGUACUUUGCCAUUGUUUUGCCUACUUUGGCAAGCUUGCGUAUUAGCCCUGUUUUUUUUUUUUUUUUUUUUUUUUCCUUCUCCUCGACUGACGUGGAAUAAUAUUCCACGCAAAACAGCCUGGAUAAUCAAAAGGAAAAAAAAAAAAAAGAAUGGCACGAGACCGGGCUGUACAAAAAGCUGGCCUAAUGCAUGCGUGCAUGUCACGGUGGAGCAAAACUCAUCAGCUGUAGGAGACAGUUUUUUAUUAGCAUCGUCUUGGCUGCUCCCAAUCGACUGACAGUAGUGAAAUCGAAGAAGAAGAAACAGCUGUCGGAUUUCAAUGCACUACGUAAUUAGAGCAGGGCCAACAACAGUC